CUCGAAAAGAGCUACUGCCAGAAUCCACAGGCAUCUCUUGCAGCUGAACAUGGCAGACUGCCUGGAUCAAUACCAGCUUCCUGGAGAGAUCAAAAACUAUGGUUUACAAGGGAAAUAGCACGUUCCACGUCCUUCUGAGAAGAGACCAUAGGAUGAGAACUGAAAUAACACAUGUGGAAGAAGUAGGUAGUGGAAAAGAAUAGCUGAAAAGAAGAAGGUAAUAGAAAUUCCUCAUGGAAAUUAAAAAUCCUAACACCAGUCUAUCCAUAAAACAUCAGUCCUCAGAAGUAAGUAUCAUUGGCUUCAAUAAGCUUUACUUUGGGUGCAUCUCGAAUUUUAUUUAUCGUGUCAGAAGCAAACUGAGGAUACAAGUUAUAAUGUAUUUGAAAAACACAAUUUUUUAAAAAAAAACUUGGCAUUAUACUAAAUGUCCUUUGACCAGUAGCUGGCCACUUGGAGGGCCUCUGGUGUUGCUGUAAGAAGGUCCUCCUUUGUGCAUGUGGCAGGGCUCAGUCUGCACUGUAAUAGGCGGUCUGUGGUUUGCUCUUCUCCACACUCACAUGCCGUGGACUCCACUUUGUGGCCCCAUUUCUUAAGGUUGGCUUUGCAUCUCAUGGUGCCAGAACACAGUCUGUUUAGCUCCUUCCAAGUCGCCCAGCCUUCUAUGUACCCAGAAGGGAGUCUCUCAUCCAGCGUCAGCAACUGAUUGAGGUUCUGGGUUUUAGCCUGCCACUUUUGGACUCUCGCUUGCUGAGGUGUUCCUGUAAGUAUCUCUGUAAAUCUUAGAAAACUAUUUAAGGCGUUGGCAUGCUGGCUGAUACCCAAACAGGGGGUGAGGUGGAGAGGUCAAUGUCUUGGUCCUUUCAUUGCUGGCUGCUACUUCCUGGUGGAUUUCAGGUAGUGCAAUGCUGGCUAAACAGUAUAAUUUCUCCAGUGGUGUGGGGCAUAGACAUCCUGUGAUAAUGCGGUAUGUCUCAUUAAGCGUCACAUCCACUGUUUUAACAUGGUGAAAUGUAUUCCACACAGGCAUGUUUAUUCAGCAGCAGAGUAGCAAAGCGCAAGGACAGAUGUCUUCACUGUGUCUGGUUGUGAUCCCCAGAUUGUGCCAGUCAGCUUUCGUAUGUUAUUUCUAGCACCCACUUUUUGCUUGAUAGUGAAACUCGAAUUAAUAGUUUGACAUCAUUUGAAUUGCCAUGGCUCAAUGCUAGGAAAUCAUGGGAGCUGUAGUUUCACAAGGUCUAUGGCUUUCACUUCCAAAGGAUAUUGAUGCCUCACCAAAGUACAACUCCCAGGAUUGUCUGGCAGCUCAAAUAGUGUCAAACUGCAUAAUUUCUACAGUGUACUGAAAAUAUACCCUUCCAUCUGUAAACUUGCAGGUUUUGGUCAUGUAUAACUAGGACUGCGAAGAUGAGAAUGAUGUGUACUUUGAUUUUGAGAAUCCCUUGCCACCUGACAUACUGGACUAUCCAACAAAACUGGAGGGCAUCAGAUUGGGAAAAGCUGAUUUCUUCCAGGGUUUUAUUAAGCUGGAAUAAAAAUGAAAAUCUGUAUGUGUGUAUGUGGCACGGGUGUCUGCUCACACAGACAGCCCCCAGCCUCCAAAAACAGACUCGUCCAUGGCUGCAUGGUAUACGGUAGACUCCUGCAGAGAUGACAAUACCUUCACCAUACGCCAUGAAAAAGCCAACAAGUGCAUCCAGGUCAAAAACCAACAAGUUACAGCUGAAGACUGCCAAGAGACAAAAGAGAAUUUAUGGACAUGGGUCUCCCAACAUCGCCUUUUUAACUUGGGAUCCCAAAAGUGCCUUGGAAUAGAUACCACCAAAUCCAAGGAUCCCUUGAAAAUAGUGGAUUGUGAUUCAGACAUUACACUGUGGUGGCGAUGCUCUGAUGCCUCCGUAUAUUCUGCAUCUCAGAACAAACUGAUUUUAAAGAAUGGGGUUUUGACUGUGAGUGUAGACUCUUCUGAUGCAUGGAGAAGAAACAAUUCCAGUGAUGUAAUCUGUAAACUUCCAUACCAUGAAAUUUACACCAGGGAUGGGAACUCCUAUGGGAAACCUUGUGAGUUUCCCUUCCUGUUUAACAAGACAUGGCAUCAUGAUUGCAUACAUAAUGAAAUGUUCCAGGGUGGCGAAUGGUGCUCCACAACCUCCAGUUUUAGUCAACAUGGAAAAUGGGGGUUCUGCUUAAAACCAGAGGAUGGUUGUCAGGAUACAUGGGAGCAUGAUGAGAAAUCUGGAAGUUGCUACCAGAUAAAUACCCAGGCUGCCUUAUCUUGGAAGGAAGCAUAUGUCUCAUGUCAGAGGCAAGGUGCAGAUUUGCUGAGCAUCCGCAGCGCAUCUGAAUUAAACUACAUUCAAGCUAAAGAUGGUAUUGCAGAGAUAUUUUGGAUUGGAUUAAACCAACUAGAUCUUUCUGGUGGCUGGCAGUGGUCAGAUCACACCCCACUGAACUUCCUUAGCUGGGCUCCAGAAAUGCAGAAUACACCUCUCUUAGAUGGAACUGGGUGUGUAGCUAUGAAUGCCGAUGCAGGCAACUGGCAGAGUUAUCCUUGUGAGACUGCACUUCCAUAUGUCUGCAAGAAACAAUUCAAUAAUACCAACGCAGAAUUUCCAGGAGUUCAGAACUAUUUGGAGACUGAGUGUGAAUCUGACUGGAAUCCUCACAAUGGGUUUUGCUAUAAGCCAAUAAACAACUCUGCUUCCUGGAAAGAUGCAUAUCAUUCAUGCAAUGCAAGCAAUAGUAACUUAAUCAGCAUACAUUCCCUAGCAGAUGUUGAGUUAGUUGUUACAAAACUUCAUAAUGAAACAGAAGACCAGGUAUGGACAGGCUUCAUGAAUGAGGAUAUUCCAGCCUUGUUUAAGUGGUCAGAUGGUUCAGAAGUGGCGUUUACUUACUGGGAUCAGAAUGAGCCAAACAUUCCUUUCAACAAUACUCCCAACUGUGUAGCAUAUUCAGGAAAGUUGAGUCGAUGGAAUAUCCAGUCUUGUGAACAAAAACUAAAAUACGUAUGCAUGAAAAAGGGAAAAGUCUUGGAUGUACCCAAAUCUGCUAAAGAUUGUCCUUCAAGUGAGGGAUGGAAAAAGCAUGGAGAUUUUUGUUACAAGAUUGACCAGAAUGAAGUAUCAUUUGGAAAACUAUGCAAUCUCACUAUUACGAACAGAUUUGAACAAGAGUUCAUAAACAGUCUGAUUAGGAGGAACAGCAAAGUUGAAGGAAAGUAUUUCUGGACUGGCUUGCAAGAUAGCAAAUCUUCAGGAGAAUAUAGUUGGGGAAGUGUAGAUGGAAAUUAUGAAAAGUUAACAUACACAAACUGGGGCUCUUUUCAGCCAGAUAUUCGUGGAGGAUGUGUGGUUAUGUCAAGUGGAAAACAUCUUGGAAAGUGGGAGGUCAUGGAUUGCCAAACGUUUAAAGCAUAUUCUAUUUGCAAGAAGUACAUUGGACCCAAAAAAGAGCCAGACACACCGCCUAAGGUCACCGACCCAUGUCCGCAAGGAUGGCAGGGUGGAUCAGGUCUUGCUUGUUACAAGUUCUUUCACAAAGAAAGAGUGUUGAGAACAAGAACCUGGGAAGAAGCAGAGAGGUUCUGCGAGGCUCUUGGAGGACACCUUCCUAGUUUCAGCAGUUUAGAGGAAAUGAGAGAAUUCCAUAAAAUACUGAGAAAAACUAUCAGCAAUGACAGAUGGGUCUGGGUCGGGCUUAACAAGAGAGAUCCAGGAUCACUAGAGACAUGGCAGUGGAGUGACAAUAAACCUAUGUCUACUGUUCUUAUGCCUGCUGAGUUUAAAGAAGAUGAAUAUGAUACUAGAGACUGUGCGGCUCUUAAGACUCUUAAAUCCAUGCGACGUUCAUAUAUGUUUUUCCAUUUUGAAGACAGAAGUGAAGACUUUUACUUAAAACCUUUCCACUGUGGUUCAAAACUUGAAUGGGUAUGCCAGAUCCCUAAAGGUCGUACUCCAAAUGUACCAGAGUGGUACAAACCAGAUGAAGAUGGACUUCAUGGGCCAGCACUGAAUAUUGAUGGGUCUGAAUUCUGGUUUGUGCCCCAUAAACACCUGAGUUACCAAGAGGCUUCUCUCUACUGUUCUGAGAAUGACAGUGACUUAGCUUAUGUGACGUCUUUCACAGCGCUAAUACAGAUUUUAAACAGAAUGGCAAAUUUAACAGAUGAGAAACAGACUUGGUGGCUGAAAUACAUACCUCCUACAAGUCACUACCAUUCUGUUUUUUCGAUAUUUGCACACUAUCAUGAGAGAUACUUGAGGGAUUGUUGGCACAUUUCCUCUCAAAGCUGGUACAAAGACAACAUAAUAAGCUGCAAUACAAAACUUCCCUUCAUCUGUGAAAAAUACAAUACAUCACUUCUGGAGACACACGAUCCUAGUUAUAAGCCACCUCAGAGAAAGUGUCCUGAAAAAUGGCAUAGUUUUCUCAACAAGUGUUUUCAGAUAGUGCCUUCUCGAGAUUUAAAAUUCAAAGAAGCAAAUGAAUAUUGCACUUCAUUUGGAGGCCUGCUUCCUUCCAUCAGAAAUCAAGCUGAACAAGAUUUUAUAACCUCCUUGCUUCCUGGCUUGCCUCAAAACAUUUGGAUUGGUCUGCGCCUUCAUAUUCAUUCACGUGAAAAUAAAUGGGUAGAUGGAAGCUCUCUAGAAUAUAGCAAUUUCCACCCAUUGCUUCAAGGAAGGCUAAGGAGGGUUCAUCUAGACUUUUUUGAUGAGGAAGUGAAUGCCCAAUGUGGUGUUUUGCUCAACAAUCUCAAUUCUCAUGUGGGAACCUGGAACUUCACUUCCUGUGCUGACAUCAAUUCUGUAGCCAUAUGCCAACGAGAGGCAGAGGCUGCAGAAAACCAGACGCAGCAAAUGCUCAAUGUCACCUGGAACUAUCGAAAUGUCACAUACACUGCACUUCUAAAGAACUUGACAUGGUUUGAUGCACAACAGGAGUGCCUCCAGAAUAAUAUGCAGCUGGUUAGCAUUACAGAACAAUACCAGCAGGCUUUUCUUGCUAGUCAAGCUGCCCGCUAUAAUUCCCCAUUGUGGAUCGGACUCUCCAGUAAAGAUGACGGAAUACAUUACCAUUGGUUGGACAGAAAACGUAUUAGUUUCAGUCGCUGGUCUAAUGAAGAUGCAGAUUUGCUUGAUAACUGUGUAUAUUUGGAUACUGAUGGAUUCUGGAAAACGUCUGAAUGUUACUCAGAAAAACCAGGCGCAAUUUGCUACUUACCAGGAAAUGGAACUGAAAAAACAGAAUUAUAUCAUGAAUCUGUUCACUGUCCCCACAAGAUAAAGAACACACCAUGGGUAGCAUUUCGAAACAAUUGCUAUACAUUUCUGAUAACAAAAAACAGAAUGAGUGGACUGAGAUCAGGUGAAGGCCACCACUUAUGCAGGAUGAUGAACAUAAAUGCCUCUCUUCUGAGUAUCAAGGAUGAAGGAGAAAAUAAUUUUGUUGUUGAGCAGCUGCAUGCUUUCAGUGGCCUUGCUCAGUGGCUCUGGUUGGGCCUGCUUUAUGAGAGCGGUGAUAAUACUCUAAGGUGGUAUGAUGACUCACGCCUGUCAUACAAUAACUGGAGACUUGGAAGACCUUCCAUCAAAAGCAAUAAUUUUGUUGCUGGUAUCAGCUUGGAUGGUUUCUGGGAUAUUUACAACAAUACAGAAAACUGGGUACACCUACAGUUCAGUUUACAUAGUGUCCUUGUUUGUAAAAUAGAAAUGGAACCCAAAGAGGACAAACCACCACUGCCCACAGCACUGCCCUAUAGAAACAAUACGUAUUGGGUUCUUCAAAAACAGCUCAACUGGUACGAUGCAUGGAAAGAAUGCAAAAGAAAAGGAAGUGAGUUAGCCAGCAUACACAGUGAAUCAGAGCAAGUAUUUAUGGAAGCUAUUGUGAAGAAUGACGGAUUUCCUCUAUGGAUUGGUUUGACCAGUCAUAAUGGAAGUGAUUCUGAUUUUGAGUGGUCUGAUGGAAGUGCAUUCGAUUACAAACCCUGGGAGUAUGAGCACUCACUUCCUCCUGGAAACUGUUUUCUUUUAGACACUAAAGGAAUGUGGAAUCGUAUGAAAUGCACACAUCAUAUUGAUGGUGCUAUUUGCUACUCAUCCUCUAACAAAAUAGAGUCAAAGCAAGCAGAAAGUUCUACAAAAUGUCCAAAGACUACUGGGGGAUUAUCACAAUGGAUACAAUAUAAAGACCAUUGCUAUGCAUUUGAUAUGGAAUUUUACAAUUUUUCAACAUAUACCUCAGAUGCUGCUAAAGAUGUCUGCAAGAAACUUGAUCCUUCUGCAGCACUUUUGACUAUCAAUGAUGCAGAUGAAAAUAAGUUUGUGACAGCAUACUUAAGGCAACAUUACUUCAUUACUGGAAGGGUAUGGCUUGGAAUGCAGUCUAAUGGUCAGUCCUUGAAGUGGCUGGAUGGCUCAGAGGUUAUAUAUGCCAACUGGGCCAAGGGAAAGGAAAACGCCAAUGGCGAAUGUAGUGUUAUCUUUUCAGCAAAUGGGACAUGGUCCAGGAUGGACUGCAAGAACGUCCAGAGCAGAGUUGUGUGCAAGGCUCCUCAAGUUACUAAUCAUACAGGAGGAGCUAUAGCAGUGGCUGUUUUAAUUAUUAUGGUCCUCCUUGUUGGAUUAUUAUACUACCUUUAUAAAAAGAAACGACUACAGUGGGGCGGAUUCUCUUCCGUACGCUAUGAACGAGGGAUCCAUGAAGAGGAAACAGACAGCAUGUUUGCCAGGGAUGGUGACUGAAGAACGACGUCUGCUUGGCUGCAUUUAAACAAGAUCUGGAAUGGGCUAUGCUAACAUCUUCUUACGGGGUUUGCUUUGGCACAUUUGUGUGAAAUCUAUUAAGUAUCAGGUAAAUUUUGGGCUCUAGAUAUUGUCGCGGUUUUUGUUCCUUAUCAUUCAUUCAUUCAUUGAUAGCAACCCUUUGCCCACCAUUAGGAGAAUAAUAUGUCUCAGGCAUCUCAUUAGCUAUGUAAACUCCAAUUGAACUUUGCACUUUUUGUGUUUUUUUAUGAUUUGCACAUGCAUGCUGUGAUCCUGACUUUGGUAUUGGGACGUACGGCAUAUGCUCAUAUGAAGUACAGAUGCCUGUGAAUAGUUUUGAAAUGUAACUUAUUGAACAUAAACUAUAUAAUGUGAUAGCUUGAAAUACCAACCAUGCUCCAUUUUACUUAAGAUCUAUUGGAUACAGAGUUUUAUUUUUAAUACCUUGUGUUGAAAUUAGGGCUUUUUUGGCACAAGAUUUCUUCCAGCUCAUUGAGAUAUAUAUAUGCAAUUUACCAGACUACAUUUUGACAGGGUUUAACUUGAAUAAGCCAUAUAUGCUGUUCCUCAUACAUCAAUAUGGAAUGAGCAAAAUCAAAAUCACAAGCUAAACAAAAACUUCAGUCUUAUAGUAUAAAAAAGUUACAUUCUUUACUCCUGAUGUAGUGUUUCACAUUCAUUCUAUUCUUGUAUUAUUUUUGCCAUAUUUGUUGACCUUAAAAAAGGUACUAGUUAUUUUCUUUAUUGAAAUGUCAAAAACACUGGCAGGAAUCUAAAGACACAAAGGGUGAUCAAAAUGCUUCUAACAUAGUUCAACAGUGUUGCAUAGAGCGAGUCUCUACCCUGCUUACUAUGCCAUUAUAAAUCCUAUCUCUUGAUACUUUGCUGUGAGUGGGGAAAUCCCUUGAUUUCAUGUGGUGAAAUUCUGCUCACAAACAUGGUUCACCAUGUGAUGACGAUUUUCAUAUGGAUCAAGCAACCUCAAGCAU